AUGGCUCUUUCCUUUAGAAGGGUCAUCAGGUUGUCCUUGCUCGCACCCCACAAGUUUGCUGGACGACCCGUUGUCGAAUAUCAUCCCACAUUGAAACGAUCAUUAAACACUGAUAACAAAUCCUUGAACUUUCGACGCAAUGAUCAGAAGGGUACUCAUGAGCUUCCUUGUCGACAAAUUCACGAUCUUCACGUCCAUCAUAAGGCUCGCUGGUGGGAGACCGCUUUGGAAGAUCGGCAUCUACAUUUGAGUGCCAACACGUUGCUCCAGAGAAGCAUAUCAGAUGGAUGCCAUUCAUGGGACAGAGUUCUCCAGAAAUUACUAAGUGUGGUGUUGAUGUCGGUUGUUGCAGCUAAAGGCAUGAACAUCUGCCAGAUGGUGAGGGAUCUACGCUGGGAGGAUAUAGAGCUGACUCUUGCUGCCCAAAAUUGUGGUGAAGUCCUUACUGUGCAAAAUCUGAGAGCAAGAAUCACAUUAGAUGAUAAGUAUUAUCCGCAAGAAGUCAUACUUGUUAAUCCUAUGCAAAGUAAUGGCCGGAAUGCGGUGUGUCUCAUCAAGUUACUCAUGAUCGUUGCGCUCCGGUUUGGUCAUGUUCAUGGCACCACUCUCCCCGAGGUCCUGCGACACACUGCCGACAAAUCCGACAAGCGUCUGCAAUGGACACGUCCAAAAUGGCCUGUGGUCUAUCGGAUGCCAGUUGCUACUGAGCUUCCUGGGGAGACACCAGCGCCACGGAAGCAACUUGUUAGACAUAUAGGAGAAAUAGCUUUGAUAGAGGGCAUCAGCAAGCCUCUGACAACAACUUCAACAGAAAAUGAUGCACUUGGAAGAGAUCACUUUACUCGGGAGAGAAAUGGCGAUGAACUUCUGCAUCAAGAUACUGUCAAGAAGACGCCUGCUGACCGACUUUGUAUUGACUAUUCAGCGCAGACAUCUGACGCUCCGGGUGUUCACUCCAAACAUUGUGCAGCUUCAGGUAUCGACACAUACACUGGACAACGCGUGCUAGACAGCCCCUAUGGAGUUCAUCGAAACACUGCUAGCAUCUAUCUAAAAGACAAGAGAGAAAAAGAAAAUACCACGUUUCUGCCCGAGUCUCCUGGAAAACUUGAACGUGCCAAUAAUAUCGGUCUCUCCAGUGGACUUCAAGCCGUUGAAAGUAACAGGCGGUUUGUUGCUACAGGAACAGGGCAGGUUUUGAUCUUACUUCAUGCAAUAGGAAGGUUUGACGGCAUGGCAAAAGCAGGGAUAAGCUAUGUAUCGCCAAAAUCGGGCAGAAAGAACGGAGUCCGAGUAGUCUAUAACCUCAGUAAAAGCUCUGACUGCAAUGAAACUGUAGGGGAUAUAUCUAGGGACACGAGUUCGCUGCCUCAAAAAGGCAGGUAUUUGGGUAUGAAGACACCACCAGGCUCGGUCCACAACAACUUUUUCGACGUCUCUUACGAAAUUGGUCACUCGAACUCCAACCAUUUCAUCUCGAAUAGAAAAGAUGACCUCAACCCUAUUGCUCUUGACCCAGAUGUUUUCGUGACCUGGUUCUCCAAAAUCGAUGUACGCAAGAAUUCCAAACUUCGCGACAGGAUAUCCAAGACUUACGAUCGUCGGACAAUUACAGAGACUUUGAGAAAUAAGACUAGAGGCAGUAGAGAUCCACCGAGGCCUUUUCAAUUCUGUUGUGGCAUUGGAGCGUGUCAGUUCCGAUCUCGUCUUAUUUAUCAUCUUGACUCCCACCAAGUCUCGUGUAAAGGUAUCGAUAAGUCCCUACAGGACGUCAAAAAGGAUUUCCAAUGCCAACGCUGCCCAAGGGCAUAUACCACUUGGAAACGUCUGCAGAACCAUAUCUGCAAGGUGCACACAUUCGUGCCACGUCAAUGUGCGGAAUGCCGCGAGGAAUCCAGCAUCAUAUACCACAACGCCUAUGAUUUCAAUUACCACCGAAGUAAAGCACAUAAUGACUUGGACAAGCCGAUACUUUGCCCUCUCGAGAGAAUUCUUGCAAACAACCUCAGAGGAUCUUCACGAAUCGUAUGCAGCUUUUCCAUCACCUAAAGUCGUAUCACAAGAAGACCGCAAGAGAAAUAAAGGAAUGGAUCCCAAGCAAGAUACAAGCGACUAAAGGUCGCCGGAAACGAGCAACCGUCUGAAACUUUUGCAAGGACUUUUUGGUAUUGCUCCAACAUCUUUCCUCGGCAAU